CUGUGCCAGCUCAUGCCGGUGAUAAGCAUAACAGCCGGCUUCAAGCGGCUACUAGUUUUUUCUAGUAUAUGCCGCUAAAGGGCCAUUACAGGGCCACGUUGUUUACGUUUGCCCGAAACCCGAGUAAUUGUGGAAUAACUUGGCGGUGGUUUGGGGAACAGAUAGCGGGUGAAUGUUAUUGUCAGUUGGACGCAUUGGGGUAGGUGUUUAUGGCGAUUCUAUUAUGCGAUUUAGCUUGUUUUCAACAUUUGUAACGAAUUGGGACAAUGACAUAACGACCCAGACCAGGACUUUUUUUAUUUUUACAUGGUAGACGACCACUGCUCAACUGCGUGAGAAUACUUGGGUAUUUUAAUUCACACAAAACCACCGGUAGAACGCAUUAGAAUUUAAUUAGUUUAUCCUGACUCGAUCAUGAUCCAAGCACGAUCCUGUAAACAACUUAUGUCGCAAAUUAUACAUGCACCCUUUUACAUCUCAACCCCAACCCAUCUUCUCAUUCCCGAGGCAUAAUCUGUACAAAACGAUAUUCAGUUUUUUACACCUGUGUUCCGGUCCUAUACCGUGGGUUUUGUGUAUCUCUUUUUUUCUCACACAGUCCUAGAUCACUCUUUACUACAAACGUUUCAAAAACAGCAUCCCAGGAGUUUGCAGCUCCUCUGUGCUCUUGUACAUUUCUUCCUCAAACUUGCCAUGGAUCGCUGAUCACAAACAUGGAUAAAAUCAAUGGUUUGCACCGUAUGUGCGUUCAGUAUCAUAGUUCAGUUGUCGAGCAAUAUCUCGUGUGUGUCUCUCUUUCCUAUAUUAGUCGAACUCGUAGAAGCUUCUUAGCCAAAGUGAGACGUUAAGUUGAACAAGUGGAAGCAAACGUGCUGUGUUGCACGUUUUUUUGUCUUUUAAUUUCUUCCGCUUUUAUUAAGCGCGCGCGCCAAACUCGUUUAGUUGCUCAGAUAGCUUAGAACUUGAUGUUCUUCUAGCGACUGGAGAACGUUGUGUUAAAAUAAUUGAGACCAGUACAUAAAGGUAGUGCCCACGCUUAGGAAGUAAUUUAGAGUCGUGUCUCGAACAAAGUGCAACCCUUAAACAUUUCAUUAUUGGAGCAUUGUUUGUAAAGGUAUAAAGAAGCUACAGUAUUAAAGUUGGAUGUUAAAACAUUUUCAAAGUAGUGAACAAGUUGAAACUGUUCAAAGCAGUGGACAGUUGAUCGCAAUUAGAAACGACUAACUUUGGAAGGAAUACAAAAAUUCUUUCCCUUGAGGAAUUCUUAGCGCAUGUUGAUUGACAGUUGAUCGUCACUCAACAAUCGUAAUUCAUUAGUGGAGCCAUUGUAUAAUCAUAACUCCUUGUGGUGACUAAUGCGACCUAAUGCACUUAUCGUGAUUGAUCGAAGCGGGCCCCUCACUGAAAUCGGGACCUGAUCGGUGGACCAGAAUUGCAAACGCCCGGGAUCGUGACGAAGAUUGGCCGAUGUGUCGCCAAUAAAAAGAACAAACAAACAUUCAUAGCGAACCUGCAUUCGUUACAACAUCGAUUAUUGAAUUCGUGCCUUGUCGUGCCGUGGGUUUUAUUUCGUGUGACGUAAGGUGAAUCUUGAUGCAAUAUCGAAUCAAUUAAAUACGAUCAAGUGCAAAAAGCAGCAGUUUGUAGCAAAUAGGGACUCGGUUCCAUCGAGAAAUAUAUCAUUUAGAAUAGAAAAAUGCACCAGUAAAGAACGAAUAAUUUAAAGUAUCUCUAGUGGACGAUCGUAAACAAACGUUCCGUGAGUGAAAAUCGUGUAAAUUUGCCAUCCUUCCACGUUUGGUGUGCGCGCGUUAUUUUUUCUCUUUAUUUUCGGCGUAUGGCGAAACGACCGGAACCACGAUUUACCGUGUCGCGUUAACCAAGAAACGACCUUGAUCUUGGGAAAGUAUCGUGCGCCCGAGAAACGAAACAUCUGGGCGGCCGGUUAUUCUGCUGCCCCCUUACAGUUCGCGUCCAUUGGCCCGAGAAGACCUGUACGCGUCCCACUUCUUUUCGAACCGAGUCCGAAAUACUACGGCGAACAACAUCAGCAGCAACAAACACUCCACACUGCACAGUGAGCAAAACAAAAAGUACGCGUGUAAGCUAGAUAUCCCCGCACGGACGCGGGGCCACAUAAGAAGACCGGCAAAACGUAGAUCGCGCUAGAUCGUGUUCGUUGGAUAGUGCUCACACUGCUGCCAGUCACUUGUGGGCCGUCGUUUAGCGAACAUCACAUGCGAACCACUUCGCAUUCGAUCGAAAAGCAAAUCGCGUGCGUAAUCCAAUAACGAAAAACAUUUUUCAAACAAACCGGUGGAAAAGACGUGACUAAUUGAAGUGAAACUGGAGCAAGAAAAGUUAUUUCUUUCCUUCCUUCUUGCUUGUUCAGGACACCGAAAACACUGAUUGACAGUACUGUGAUCGGUUGGGUAAAGUGAAUAGAGUGUUGAGAUUUUGUUUUAUCGGUAACUACAUUUACUUCGAUCACCAAUAACCGAUCACGCGAACGUGAUGGAUCUGCUCCCAGUGGGCCGGUUUGGCCCGAAGGCUCUGACGGAGAAAAUGGGCACCAUCUCGCGGAUGCUGCCAGACGGUUCGGUCGGUUUCCUUCGUGGCAACUGUCGCAAAGACUCGUUCCCCGAUGGUGCGGUCCUGGCGACCCAUCGUGCACACCCAAGCGCUACCGGUACGCACGGUGAGGCGAGAAACGAUGACGACGAAAUCGACCUGAGCCGGUUCGCCAGUGAAAAAGAUACACGUGCGUACUUUAAGCGAAAGUUGGCCAUCUUCGAGGCGUCUAUGAUGACGCCGGUCGCGGCCAACAGACGGCUGGCAGCAAGGAAGCUGGAAAUGGAGGGCAGUUUCGGUGAGCCGUACCCGCCCGAAAGUACCGGACCGAUCGACGAAUUGGAUUGUAUUCCGCCUCGACAACUACUCAUGUACUUGGUAAGAAUGGGCUCAUUCACGUCCGCUCCCCAAAUCAAAAACGUGGACUAUCAGGAUGAUAAGCUGGAAAUUACCGAUGGUAUGUCCGUACCGGAUCUCGUCGAUUACUGCCGAAUAGCACGUGGUGACGAUAGACCACCGCUGGUUAAGCGCAAAUUUCUGAAACCAGUCGAUCACAUAAACAGGACCGAUCUUACAGAUGGGUUCAAAAUGCUCCACCUAGAUUCUAUAUCCAAGACAUGCAGCGAACCAUCACUGAUCGCUUCACAGCUACGAAUAUUCCAAUGGAACAUGCUCUCACAAACGCUCGGUAUGCACAAUGACGGAUUCGUACGGUGCCCGUUGGAAGCACUGACGUGGGAUUGUAGACGAUAUCAGCUUAUUGAGGAAAUUGUACAAAACGAUCCUGACAUCAUCUGUCUGCAGGAAGUGGAUCACUUUAAAUUUCUGCAAAAGAUACUCAGCACACAAAACUACGAAGGCGUGUUCUUCCCCAAACCGGACUCGCCCUGUCUGUACAUCAAUGGUAACAAUGGUCCGGACGGGUGUGCCGUGUUUUACAAAAAGGAUCGACUAGAGAUGGUUAACCAUUUUACCCGCGUGCUGGAGGUAUGGCGCGUACAAAGUAAUCAGGUAGCGAUAGCGGCUGUUUUGAGAACGCGUGAUACGCGCCAAGAAAUUUGUGUGACCACUACACAUCUGAAGGCACGAAAAGGUGCAUUGCUGUCGAAACUGCGCAAUGAGCAGGGCAAGGAUCUGCUAUACUUUAUCGAUGGUAUUGCGGAAAAUCGGCCAGUAAUUCUGUGCGGCGACUUUAAUGCUGAACCGAUCGAACCGAUCUAUAGUACGGUGCUAAACUAUAAACCCCUCGGAUUGGCUAGUGCGUAUUCGGACCUGCUGGCCGAGGAAUCGCAGGACGAGAACAAUCAGAACGCACUAAAUACGAAACCGGAUGAGCGGUAUAGCCGUAGCAGUAUUGGAUCAGCGCACAGUAUCAACGACGAAUGUGGACUUUCCAAUGGUGUCAGGACGAAAGCGGAACAGUCGGCCGCAUACGAACCACCGUACACCACGUGGAAAAUUCGGGAAGAGGGUGAAGUAUGUCAUACGAUCGAUUAUGUGUUUUAUACAAAGGAAAAGCUAAAGGUAAAAAAUUGUCUAAUGUUCCCUUCCGGUGAAGAAAUCGGCGUCGAUCGCACUCCAAGCUUCCAAUAUCCUUCCGAUCAUUUUUCGCUCAUAUGUGACAUUGAAUUAAAGCCCGCAACGGAUGAUAGUCAAUCGGGCGAUUCCAACUCGAUACCGAAUCAUCAGCUUUAGUUCUGAGCAGUACUUCCAGCGAUAUGGUAUAAGAAGGAAAAUGGCAAGCAGCAAGAGCACUAGUACCGGUGUGGGCAAUCGGUUUUAUGGAUUUCUUCCAUUUAAAGCCACUAUGCCGUCAGAUAGCGACAGUCUCCAUUUAACUAUGGAAUUACCUAAAGUGUGUGCGUGUGAGUGGUCAUUUAGUUAAGUGCUUUUAGUUUUAUUUUUGUGAUAGCUACUGUGAUCGUGUAAACAAUGCAGUGCAUAACAGGUGUCAGACACAGAAUUAAGCAAACAGGCAGGGUAGGAUUUAGGUACAAUCGAUAUAAUGCGUUUUUUCUUUGGUUCCGUUUUUCUUUGCAUUGAACUUUCCUUUUUAUUGUACCAUUAACUCGUAUUUCUUUUGCCAUAACAAAUGUGUAGCCAGUUCAGAUUGGUUUCGUUGUUGAGUUCUGGUUGCUCUCAGACGCAAACAAAAAACAUAAAAGUGCAAACGACAAAGAAAAAAAACCCUCUAUUGAUCGAGGUUACCGCGUAGCCUCGCAACGAGACACAUUGGAAUACGUAAAACGACAGCAAAACAAUGAAUUAAAAAUAACUCCACUUUCGAUCUUUGGCAUGGCCGGGGAUGAAAUUGGUGUACAAAUUAUCCGUAUAUUUAUAACACAGAUGUAGUAGCAUUAGGUGCAGAAUACUAAUUUCCAUACGAUGACGAGCACGUUGAGAAGAUUGUAAUAGAGGCGGAAGAAAAUUAUAUUUUCAUAUCACUUAGCAGUGGAGACGGAUGCUGACCUAGUAGUGUGUAACGGUAAUAAUCUAUUUAUAAUAAAACGUAAACAUAA